AAAGCAGCCUUUACCCUGAUCUAUUCUGUAGUGUGUGUUUUUUUUAAUAAUCACGCCUCCUAAUGCAAGCAGCCCCACACUGCUUUCUGUGUCCUGCGGGGAAGUGGGUUGUCCUAAAGUACAGAAUCUCCGAGGACGACUCCCGAGCGCGUUUACUGGCGCACAUAAACAUGUAGCAGUCCGGACGCCGCCUAUGCCCCAGAUGUUGCACGCCAGUGAAUCACGCAGCUGAAAGGGAUGGAGCCCGGCCUUCCAUGUUUCAUCUUCUUCACCCUGGUUGGCUUUGUCUUCACCUCUUUUAAUGACUUCCAUCGUAACAACACCCAACACCAUGAUUACUGCGUUCUUGGAGCUGGACCUGCAGGCCUGCAGAUGGGCUAUUUCCUGUCCAAGGCUAAAAGAGACUACAUUAUAUUGGAGAGGAACUCGGGACCUGGCAGCUUCUUUAAAAAGUACCCCAGGCACAGAAAACUCAUAAGCAUUAACAAGAUCCAUACAGGAAGACGCAACCGAGAGUUCAACCUGCGGCACGACUGGAACUCACUGCUGAGCGAUAGACCAGACCUCCUUUUCAAGAGAGUGAGCAGUGAGUUUUACCCGCCAGCGGACAAACUCCCCCUCUACCUGUCUAUGUUUGAGAAGGAGCUCGGGUUGAAGGUACAGUACAGGGUGGAUGUUGGGAGGAUUAGGGCCGUGGAGUCAGCAGCAGAAAGGAGCUACAUCCUCACUGAUCAACAAGGUGGAGACUACACCUGCAGGGUCCUUUUGGUAGCCACUGGGUUGUGGGUGCCCCAAGUGGUGGAAUUUGUUGGCUCUGAUCUUGUUGAGGGGUAUGAGUCCAUCUCUACUAACCCAGAGGACUACAAGGACCAGGCUGUGCUCAUUCUUGGGAAGGGGAACUCUGCUUUUGAAACUGCGCAAAGCAUCAUAGGAACGGCGAGUCGCGUGCACAUGCUCAGCUCCAGUCCUGUUCGCUUGGCAUGGCAGACUCAUUAUGUGGGAGAUCUGAGAGCUGUUAACAAUGAGCUGAUUGACACGUACCAGUUGAAGUCUCUGGAUGGACUGGUGGAGGCACGCUUGGAGAAAAUUGUCAUUGCUGAGCGAAAGGAUCAAAGCAAGAGGGCACCAGGAGGAAAGAAGAAGGCCAAAAGGCGACAGUUUUACCUCAUGUUGAAGAAGUACCCCCAAAACAGUCAUGACAAGAACAGUUCAGGUGUGACACAAGAAGAGCUGUCAGGGUACAUCAUCGACAACUUCCCUAUGAGAAAACCCUACGACCGCGUCAUCCGAUGCCUUGGAUUUCGAUUCAACUUCAGCAUAUUUGACAGCUCUGCAAGCCCACCAAACAGUGAAAAUGCAAAAGGGAGGUUACCGGGCAUUACGGCCUGGUAUGAAGGGAAGGACAGCCCUGGCUUGUUUGUGCUGGGAACUGCCUCUCACUCCAGAGACUACCGUGCUUCUGCUGGCGGCUUCAUCCACGGUUUCCGUUACACAGCCCGAGCUGUGCACCGUGUACUUGAGCAUCGUUACCACGGAAACGCAUGGCCUUCGAUAAAUCUGUCAACAACUCAGCUGCUCUCUUGGAUCCUGAAGCGGAUCAGCGAAGCUUCUGGGCCUUACCAAAUGUUCGAGGUGGUUGGAGAUGUUAUACUUCUUCAAGGCCCCCGGUGUGAAUACGUGGAAGAGUUUCUGCUGCAGGCCUUGCCACAGUUCUCCUCUCUUUCUGGACAUCAAGUUUCCAGGCAUGGAUUUAUAGUCCUGGUCAUGCAGUACGGGAAGAAGAAGAUAGAUUAUCUGGGACGUGGCAGGGCAGAAACAGACUGGACUAAAGCUUGGAAAUCUAACUUCCUGCACCCCGUCUUAUAUUAUUAUGACAGACUCCCCACUGAGGAAGAAAUGAGUAUGCGUCCUCAUGGUUGGCCUUUACCAAGACCCAGAGCAAUUCAUCACAUGGUUGAGGACUUUCUGACUGAGUGGGAUGGUCCUCUAUCCCACAUCCAGCCACUGAGACACUUCUUGGAGCACUGUGUCCAGACUGACCUCAGAGCUUUUUAUGCCGAGUCAUGCUUCCGCGCUGCGCUCACCCACCGCAAGCCACCAUUGUUCUGCCAGCAGGGAUACUUGAAUCGGCAGGGUCUCAGUCGGAACACUCAGCUUUUGCAGCAUGUUUUUGAUAAUGGACCCCCCAGACCCCAACACCAUGAUGCAGGCACGUCAGACGCCAACCCAGCAUUCCCCAGUUACCUGGCACCAGCCGGAGCUUGUCUGUCUUCAGGACUAAAACUUGACUUCUGAUAGUUACAUUAAUGCAUCUUAGUUGUGGGAAAUAGCUACCUCCAUCAUUCAUAAUUAUCCCUUUUGCAAGACCAAAAACUUUACAUGAAAACUGUGUCUUGUGCUAUUGUUUAUCAAGCUUGUUCACUUUCCCAUCCUCAAAAAUACAUCAUUUUGUGUUUGGGUACAUCAUAUCAAGUCAACAUUUAUACAUUUUCGUGAUUUGACCCAAGACUGUAUUUUUGACCGUUUUUAUAUUUUGUUUAUCAGGUUUAAGGAUGUGGAAAAAAAUGUUUGUUUUUUUUGUAGUUCUUGACACUCCUUUUAAUUUAGUAACAAGCUGGUUGAAACCACUAUUUAUCACUGGAAAGGCACUUUGUCUCUUAUCAGCUCCCAACUUUAAUUGUGUCUCAUAAAUAUUUAUGUUUUUUACAACGCUUUUUGUCAUUUCAUAUCAUAGAAAUCUAUACAGGUGGAGGUGAAGUGUCAAAAAUUAUAAUUUUUAUAAAAAUAAAUAUUAAAUGUUUGUAAAAAUAGAA